AUGGAUCCUUAUUAUUUGUUAAAAGAGGAAUUAGAGUUUGAACUUCAAUCGAGAGGAGUCUCCAUAAAGGGCAAUGUUGAUUUAUUGAAGAAACUUUUGAAGGAACUGCUCAUUACCGAGCAGUCGGGGUUAGUAAAUUAUGAAAUCAAGGCUCCUCGACAAGUCCUAGCAUCACCGGAGGCGGAAUUAAAACACUGCAAGUCCAAAUUAACAACGUUAGCCACGUAUAUUGAUGAAAUAACAGAGAAACCGGAUAGACACUUAUUUAAACGAUUAGUAUCGCGGUUGUAUCACGUUAAAAAUAGGUUAGAACUUAUUUCGAGUGGGAACGCGGCCGAGGAUAAUAUUAAGGUCGAACUUUCCACGCGUUGUCAAAUGUUAUUGGACAAGCUUGAGUCAAAGGAUGACGCUGAAGUUCAGAAGGAUGAAAUUACUCCAGAGAUUAAACAAUUGUUACACGAAACCUUGGGUGAGGUUGGGGAUAAUAUUGUAAAAAAACUACAAAUUGAUACCGAGGAGAAUUCUGACAAAAUGAGACCAAAGUUAUUUAAAACUUCAACCUUGGACAUAGAUACACCCAAACGGAAACUGGUACCUAUUAGUCAGUGGGGUGUUUACUUCUCAGCGGACAAUAAAGUCAGUGUUAAUGCAUUUAUUGAGCGUGUUAAUGAAAUUAAAGAGGCUAGGAAUGCGACUGAUGAGGACUUGUGGCGUUAUGCGAUAGAUUUUUUUAAGGGUGACGCCUUGAUAUGGUUUAGAGCUAAUAAAGUUCAGGCUACAAAUUGGAAGGAAUUAGUGGUCUUAUUAAAAAGAACUUUUCAAUCACCGUUUUAUCAGGAUGACUUGUUAGCGGAAAUAAAGGCAAGGACGCAAGGUAAAGACGAAUCUAUAGCUAUUUAUAUGUCAACCCUUCAAAACAUGUUUAAUCGCUUGCCAUUGCCGAUUACGGAACAGGAAAAGAUAUCUAUAAUCUUACGAAACAUACAGCCAUAUUAUCAAAGAGCGAUCUGCAGGGAUGUGUUCUUUUCGGUCGCUGAAAUAGUAGAGGUUUUAAGGAUAGUCGAAAGAACCAAAAUCAAUUGUGAUAGGUUUGAAGAACCUAAGUCUCACACAAUCAACUUAGAACCAGACUUAGCUUAUAAAAAUAAUUCACUGCCGGGAACCAGCAAAAAUGUUAACGAAGUUUCGGCAAAAAUUGAAAUAGAUAACGUCACAACCAGCGCUCAAAGGCUCAUAACAGAUAAACAUAGUAAGGAGUGGCAGGACUGGCUUAGGACGGUAAAGAAGUUUAUGUCUCGCGGGGAAUUGAACCCAGUAGUUUUAGAAAGAGAUAAUGAUAAUAGGGACUAUGUACUUAUCGACAUUUUGGGCAUUACACAUAUAGCGCUUUUGGACUCAGGGGCUAAUCGAACUGUUAUUAACAGAGAUUUAGCUCAAACUUUAAGAGGUCUAGGCUUAAAAACAUAUCGCUCUAACGACGUACAGGUAGCUACCGCCGAUGGUAAUCGUCAUAAUAUUACUGAAAUUAUAGAUGUUCCGGUCAAAUUCAAUGGGCGCUUUAAUGUAGUAAAGAUGAUGGUUAUGCCGAACUUGUCACAGAAAGUUUUAUUAGGAAAAGAUUUCUUUGCUAGGUUUGGUAUCUUCAUUGAUUUUAAAGGAGAAAAGUCGGAUUGCCGUCAGAUGAUCAACGCUUUAUCCUUACAAGAACCAUGUGUGGUUUCAAGGGAAGAUUUAAGUAUAGAGCAGCAAGAACUCUUGAAUAGGUUGAUUGAGAUAAUGAAACAGACAAUUGGCUCAGGAUUAGGACGGACAAAUAUUAUUAAACAUGAAAUUGACACUGGUGGUUGUAAGCCAAUACAUCAAAAGCAGUACAAUUUCUCGCCGGUAAUUAAACGUGAAAUUGAACGUGAAUUGGAUGAUAUGUUAGAAAAAGAUGUUGUAGAACCGUCACACAGUCCUUGGUGUUCACCAGUUCUGAUAGUUAAAAAACCAAAUGGGGAGAAUAGGUUGUGCUUGGAUAGUAGACAGGUCAACAAGGUGACAAAGAGAGAUACAUAUCCUCUGCCUAGAGUAUCGAACAUAUUAGAUCAUCUCAAAAACGCCAAAUUCUUAAGCACAAUUGAUUUAAAAUCAGCAUUUUGGCAAAUAUCUUUAUGUGAAUCAAGUAAAGAAAAGACUGCUUUUGCUGUACCAGGCCGGGGCUUGUUUCACUUCAAAGUUAUGCCCUUCGGUCUAGUGAAUGCUUCUCAGACUCAACAGAGACUGAUGGACAUUUUGUUUCAUGCAUUGGAGGAAAGUUUGGGCAUAUUUGGAUGA